AUGAAUUCGAAAUCAACGAAGAUCAGAAGAAAAGGUCCACCGCGCAAAAAGGCCUGCAAGAUCUGCACAGACUCCAAGGUCCGAUGUAGCCUGGAGAGGCCGACCUGUUCGCGAUGUUGGACUCGCGGCAAGCAGUGUCUGUAUCCCGAGGGUUCAGGCGAAGUACAUCGAUCAAGCCCUGUGGCUUCGAGUGAAAGAAACUCACCAGAUGAGAGCCUCAGCUUUGAGCAGUCGCUUGCGAACUUUACCACUACCUCGACCGCAACAGCGUUCCCGAGUCCUGUGUCUGGCCAUGCGUCGGAUAUACCACAAAUCAAUUCUCAGCACGAACCGACGCGGACUGUGGACAUUGGUCUGACUUUUGAUCACAUUGACCUCAUGCCAAUGACAGACGCCGAGAAGAUACGUGAUCGCUGGCUGCAGCCUUACCUUCUUCCUGCGACGGGGCAGCUCCCCAAGCUGUUUAGCCAGUUUACUGUGCAGUUCCUCGCCUGCGUGCUUCGCUCAUACCCCAACCAUCUUCUUGAUGAGAAGAGCCUCCCUCCAUUCAUUCACCCACUGCAACUUAACAACAAAGCAAUGCCGCGAACAAUAGCGAACUGCUUUUCUCUGGUGCGCAUGUGGAUGAACAGAGUUCCGGGAAGCGAGGCAAUUGUCUUGUCAACUGUCAGACAGGAGAUGGAGAGACUUUCCCGAGAAGAUACGACAAGUGACUUCGACACAUUAUGUUCCUUCCAAGUAUACCUCAUUUACCUACUAACAGCUUACUUCUCUCCAAUCGACAACGCCUCCCUAGUAGACGACAUGAAUCUGAUAACCCUCCAAGACCUUGCCUUCCGCGCCGCAAAGACAGGUUUUAUCUGCAAAGCGGAGCUUUCGCAAACGCAGCCAACUUGGGAAUCAUGGAUCAUCGCCUCUUCCAAAAGACGCACGCUGUUCACGAUGUACCUCUUCACAAAUAUGUACAACUUCGACAAGGGUCUUCCCAAUUUCCUGUCGGAUGAGUUAAAGGAUAUGUCGGUUCCUGAGAGUAAGGCGCUGUGGGAGGCUUCUGAUCGAGAUUCUUGGACGAGGGAAGCUGUGGAGAUCGUCGGAGACGGGGUCGGAGGCGAGGAGGAAGCGAAUUGGGCGGUGGGUGCAGUCGACAGAUGA